CGCGCGUCUGAGCCGCCCGGGCCCUGAGCGCGGGCGGCGAGGCCACCGCACCUGCAGCGCGCUCGGGCUGCCAAGCAGGCGCUUCGCCUCCCGCCGCCGGGCCUCCCUCUCCCCCCGCGCCGGGUCUCCCGUGACACCCGAGACCCCCCGGCCGACGACAAUGACCACUUCCCUGCAAGAUGGGCAGAGCGCCGCGGGUAGGGCGGCUGCCCAGGACUCGCCGCUGGCCGCCCAGGUGUGCGGCGCUGCCCAGGGGAGGGGCGACGCCCGCGACCUGGAGCCUGCCCCCUGGUUGCACGCGCGGGCGCUCCUGCCCCCUCCGGACGGGACCCGCGGCUGUGCUGCAGACAGGAGAAAAAAGAAAGAUCUUGAUGUUCUGGAAAUGCCAUCUAUUCCAAACCCUUUUCCUGAGCUGUGCUGUUCUCCAUUUACAUCUGUGUUGUCAGCAGGCCUGUUUCCCAAAGCAAAUUCAAGGAAAAAGCAGGUAAUUAAAGUGUACAGUGAAGAUGAAGCCAGCCGGGCUUUAGAGGUACCCAGUGACAUAACUGCCCGAGAUGUUUGCCAGCUGUUGAUCCUGAAGAAUCAUUACAUCGAUGACCACAGCUGGACCCUUUUUGAGCAUCUGCCUCACAUAGGUCUAGAAAGAACAAUGGAAGACCAUGAGCUGGUGAUUGAAGUGCUAUCUAACUGGGGAAUGGAAGAAGAAAAUAAACUAUACUUUAGAAAAAAUUAUGCCAAAUAUGAAUUCUUUAAAAACCCAAUGUAUUUUUUUCCAGAGCAUAUGGUGUCUUUUGCAACUGAAACCAAUGGUGAAAUAUCCCCCACACAGAUUUUGCAGAUGUUUCUGAGUUCAAGCACAUACCCUGAAAUCCAUGGCUUCUUACAUGCAAAAGAGCAGGGAAAGAAGUCCUGGAAAAAGAUUUACUUCCUUCUAAGAAGAUCUGGUUUAUAUUUUUCUACUAAAGGGACAUCAAAGGAACCCCGGCAUUUGCAGUUUUUCAGCGAAUUUGGCAAUAGUGAUAUUUAUGUGUCCCUGGCAGGCAAAAAAAAACACGGAGCACCGACUAACUAUGGAUUCUGCUUUAAGCCUAACAAAGCGGGAGGGCCCCGAGACCUGAAAAUGCUCUGUGCAGAAGAAGAGCAGAGUAGGACGUGCUGGGUGACCGCGAUUAGAUUGCUUAAGUAUGGCAUGCAGCUGUACCAGAAUUACAUGCAUCCCUAUCAAGGUAGAAGUGGCUGCAGUUCUCAGAGUGUCUCACCCAUGAGAAGUAUAUCAGAGAAUUCUCUCGUAGCAAUGGACUUCUCAGGACAGAAAAGCAGAGUUAUAGAAAAUCCCACGGAAGCUCUUUCAGUCGCUGUUGAAGAAGGACUCGCUUGGAGGAAAAAAGGAUGUUUACGCCUGGCCACCCACGGUAGCCCAACUGCCUCUUCCCAGAGCUCGGCCACAAACAUGGCCAUCCACCGGUCCCAGCCAUGGUUUCACCACAAAAUUUCUAGAGAUGAAGCUCAGCGAUUGAUUAUUCAGCAAGGACUUGUGGAUGGAGUUUUCUUGGUACGGGAUAGUCAGAGUAACCCCAAAACUUUCGUACUGUCAAUGAGUCAUGGACAAAAAAUAAAGCAUUUUCAAAUUAUACCAGUGGAAGACGAUGGUGAACUGUUCCACACCCUGGAUGAUGGCCACACGAGAUUUACAGAUCUAAUCCAGCUGGUGGAGUUCUAUCAACUCAAUAAGGGCGUUCUUCCUUGCAAGUUGAAACAUUAUUGUGCUAGGAUUGCUCUUUAGCCAAACCAGAAGUGACUUAUUAAACUGUUGAAGAAAAAGGACUCACUACCAAAAAAAAAAAAAAAAGAAAGAAAAGAAAAGAAAAA